AGAAAGUGUGCUUUUAGCUUCGGUUAAGUUCGCAACUGAGUGGAAUGCAUUGAACUGGCGAGUCUUAAAGUUUUUAGCGGUGUUUGGCGUACGUAAUUUGUUGCGAAAGUUGUUGCCGAUAUAUUGUUGGAGGUUUUGAUUAUGGCAUCUGGCGAACAGCCAAAUCUGCAAAAAGGUCAAAAAGUUGGUUCCAGCAUCAGCAACAGCCGAAACCAGUGUGAUGAAGGUCAAUGGGUGUCACAUCCUAAUAAUUUGGAGAUUGGUCCCAGAACGUUGCCACCAAAAAAACAGAGAAAUAGAGAAAAACUGAGGAGCGUGCAGGGAAACACUUCAGCCUCAACAUCAAAUGCUUCAGAAAAUCUUUCUUGUACUCCAAUCAAAUUCCAAAAUCUGCAGAGGACAAAGUGUAAUACUGAAACUUGGCUUAAGGACCAAUUGGCAGCUGAUGAAAGAACUAAACACCGUUCUUUUGAUUCUGAUGAGGCAUUUUCAGAUGUUGAUGCAUCGUCAUUAUCGGUACUGCGUCGUGGAAACAUGAAUCUUCCAGUUAGUCAUACUUUUCAUUCUUCCGAACGAUCUUUAGAUAGCCAACGCCCGCCAUCUCAAAGAAGCACGGUUGAAAAUGAAAACACUAAGUCUGUAAAAGAAGAAUGCAAAAAAAAUGAGGCUGAUUCUGCAAUAGUUUUUGAACGAUUAUCAUAUUUGAUGGAAUUUAUAUCAGAUGCUACAUCCUUGUAUCAGGAUCUUGAAAUAAAUGCCGAACCUUUAAGGGAAGCUGUAAAGCAUGCCUCUGAAGGUGGAAAAGAGCAAAAAUCCUUGCAGUCAUUGGAUUCUGAUUGUGCAGGGUAUGCCAAUGGCAUUUCACCGUCAUCCAGUGUAUCUAAAGCCUCUCUUUCCAAAGAAGUUUUUUUGUCAAAUGAUGAGUCUGCUGGAUUACCCUGUGAAGAAGAAUGCAUUAAUGAAUGUAGUCAUUUGUUUGAAAAGUUUAAACAUCCUGACGAUAAGCUUCUGGCUCUAAAACUUCAAGAAACCUUGUUAUUUCAUAUGAGAAAAAAAGCUGAAAACAAACUAGCAUCUCUUCAAAGUUCUUUUAAUCGAUAUGCUGAUGGUGUCAGUGGAACCUCUCAAAGUCUUCCUCCAGAUGAAGUACCUAUUAAUCCUUCUAGUGAUGACCAAUCAGGCAAUGUAGUAUCUCAAUGGAAUUCUGAUGUUUCAGAUCAAAGACAAUGGUUAGAUGAAAAUGCAACCCAGUCUCAAUCAUUAGACCAAGCUCAAUUGCAAAUCAAUAGUUUCAAAAGUAGAACUGAGGAUUUGGAACGUCUACACAUGAGUUUGGAGAAUAUUAGAAAAAGAGUCAUGUCAUUCCAUCAAAUUGCAGAUAAUAAAAACAUGACUGGUUCUUUGAGUUCUGAUGAUUUUGACAUGGCAGAUGUUGGUGAAAAAGUGGCUGCUGUUGAGUUAGAACGCAAAAAGUUAAAAAAUAAACUAAUUGAACUUCAGAAGAAGCAAAAACGAAAUGAUGAACUUUUAAAAGAAUUAUCUAUCCUCAAAGAAAUUACUAAUGAAGGGAGAGCUUGCAAUAUUGAUGAUGAUGCUUCAAACUGUAAUGCAUCAUCUAGAACUCCUCAAGUGCAACAAUCAAAAGAUAAAAGAAAACUAGAAGUUGCUGCAACCCGUUCUAGUGAAAAUAUCUCUAAGAUUCAGGCUACCUUGCAAAGUCUUGAAGGAAUGGUGAAUAUUAUUUCUCAGGAUUGCAGUGUAGAUGGCAGCUCUAAUAUUGAAGCUACAGAAAGUCUUCCAAGGUUAGACGCUGUAUCAAAUUCCACUAAUCAGAAACUUUUGAUGAUUCAGUCUACCUUACAAAACUUAGAAGGGAUGAUGAACUUGAUGUCCCAAGAUAAUAAUACUGAUGCAAUUUCCAAUAUUGAAAUUACUGAAACUCUUCCAAAAUCUGUUCAGAGGCAGGCAUCAUCAGCUAAGCGAGAUAAUGUUCAGAAAAAACAUAAUUCUGGAUUUCCUGCACGUCGACAUUAUGAAGCCGAAGGACGAGCAAAUGAAGAUGCCGAUCUUCCUGUUUUGACACCAACAUCAUUACCAUCACUUGAAAAGUGGUGUGACAGUUCAGGAGUCGAUAAAAAAAUUAGGAAGCCUUAUGUUGGUCAGAAACAAGUUAAAGUAUUGAAUGAUAUCAUGUCAUCCAUCCAAGAUGCAGAAAAAACAGGUGCUCUUCUACCUGCAGAACAUCUUCGAAUUCUGCGUACUCAACCAGAAGAGCAAUAUAGUAAUGCUGAAGAUUCUGGGGAAGAUAGUUGUGAUAGUGGUGUUGGUACAAAUAUGAUUUCUCAUGGACGAAUGCCUGAAAAUAUAUCAGCUAGUGCAAAGGAAAUUGGUGCUGAAGGGCCAAAAGGCUUAGUAUUAGAUGUUAGCAAUCAGAAACGAAGUGAAUCUAUGGCAUCUGAUGAUUUAGAGACUGGAGCUCGUAGAAAGCAAAAGUUAGACAAACUUGCUAGUCAGUUUCAGCAACUUCUGCAGUUAUUUCCAUCUUCUGAAAGAAAACAUGAUGAUCUUGUCCGAUCAAGUGGAGAAGGCGAUUAUGCACAGAACCGAAAUCAUCCUGCCAAUCCUACUGCUAGUUCAGAACAUGGACGGAAUUCACAAUCUUGGGAUAAUUCUAUUCCACGACAAGAUAAUUUGCAAUUAACUCGUCAAAAUAUAGUCAGUUUUGAAUCCCAAAAUCAUAACUCUAGCAGUAAUUUACAUAACAGAGAUUGUAAUUCCAUAAAAAAAGACAAUAUUAACAAUUUGUCCGGGAAAAUGGGGAAAUUAGGUUUGCAAAACACCAUUCUUGGACUAAAUUCAACCCCUGUGAUAUCUUCUAGUUCCAUUUCUGGUCCUUCUGUUCCUGUGUAUAAUUUAGAUAAUAUGUCAACGUUCAGUUCAGAGAUGAAUCAAAGUAAUUGUCUUUCAAAUAAUGAAUUGGAAAGUAAAACAGCUAUUAGUAUGUUAAAGCAGCCUCCAAAGAAAAGAGGUUUUAAAAGAAAUCAUGAUAGUCAAUUGCUUAGCAAUUCAUCUAUUGAUUCUGAACCAUUGGAGGGUUCUAGUAGUGCAAUGGCUGCUGAUAACACUGUUGCAGCUACUUGGGGAGGUUCAAGCACUCAAGACUAUUUUGAGGAUGAAAAUGAUGAACGCAUAGAGAGCUUAGAUGAAGAUGAUGGAACUCCUGCUCUGGGGAGCAAGUCAAAUAAAAGCAGAAAUGAAGAUUUUGUAGAUCAAUAUCAUGAUAUGCGUGCAUAUAUGGAAUCUGUGGCAAAUGAGCAAGAAAAGAAACUGCCUAAACCUGCGAUUAGUCGAAGCCAACCUCUAAUGCAUGGAAAUGUGCAUAAUACUACAUUAAAGAUGACAAGACCUAUUUCAAAAAAGAGAUCGCUUUCUAAUGUUACAUCAGAACUUUAUAAUGAAUUGCCACCUAUUCCAAAUGCAUCUGAUAAUUCUUUUCCUAAUGCAACUUCAGCAGUUUUGCAGCAGCUAAGAAAUCAAGUUGAUCAAUUGAAUUCUUUAUGCCAAUAUAUCCUUUCUCAUGAUCAUGAUACAAGCAAAGGAAAUUUUUGUGUUCCUCCAACAUAUUCUCAUGUUCCCUCAAUGCAUGCUUCCCAGCGCAGUAUGCCCUAUCCUUGUCCUCCUCCUCAAAACAUUCCUGAUAUUUCCCAACCUCAUAAUCAUCAAUUGUUGCUAUGCCUUAGUCAGUGUUACCAUGCUUUAUAUAUGCAGCAAUUGGAGAUACAACACCUUCAUAGAUGCAUUCAGCAUAAUAUGGAUGAUGUCUUUUCCUCAUCUAAUAAUCAAUAUUGUCAAGCUGCUGAAGAUAGGCCUUUCCAACCUUGGUGGUCUUCAGUUCCUCUUCUGCCAUCCAAUCUAUGUCCAACAGAACAAGGCUCUCCUUUGUCAUUUCCAUACAUGCAAUCACCAUUAAAAACUUAUUCAAAUCCAAAUAAUCCUUCAUAUCCUCGUGUAUCAAGUACGCAACCAGUCAGAGCUGUUAUCCGCCGUUCAACUCCAGAAAAUGCUAUUGCACAAGAAACAUUAAAUAAUCAGGUUCCUCCUCGUACUAGGGCUAAUAACUUCUGGGAUAACUUUCGCAGUUAUUCAAGGCAGAACUUGUUGUCUGCUUCCAGCAAUGUUAAAAGAAAUGAAACAUCCGGUUUACCUGUCGGACCACAAAUUCGCCAAGUUCACCCAUUAGUUCCAAAUGAAAGUUUCAGUCCCACUCCAGACAUAUCCAACCAGUUUAGCUCUGCAGAAAUAAAUAGGAAUUUACCCAAUUCAGAAGCUCAAGAUUUAUGUCGUUCAAAGAGAUCAAACUCAAACUCUUUUGCUGCAUCAAGUGCUAAUUACAAUGUGCCAGGAGCUCAGCGGAAACCCUUACCUCAACCAAUUGAUUCUUCAAGUACAAGAAGUGUUGCUUCCACUAGUUCAUUGCCACAGAAUGUUGAACGUGUGCCUCCUAAUUCUAAUUCAUCUAGUGUCAAUCUUAUUCAGCUAUAUCCUAUGCAGCAUGAUUCAAAAGUAGGUAGCUUUUCAUCAAUUCGUCCAACUACAGCUACCGAAUCAACAUCUGCACAAGCACAAACCACUGAUUCCAGUGCUGCACAAAAUGAGCCUUCAGACUUUCUUGGUGGACUUUUCCGAGAAGCUCAAGCUAUACAAUCUGAAGGCCGACGUCAAAGUGCCCUUCAGAUUAUAAGAGCCUUGGCCGUAAAUGAUAGAAGAGAUUUAGAAGCUGCUGCAGAAAAUAAAAUUCAGAAUGACCAUCCUGCUGUCACAAGCAAGAAUGAAUGUGCUAUGCCUUCCACUAUCCCAACUGGAGAAAUUUGUACUCAGUUAUGUAAUCAAGCAGCUGAUGCUGAUAUCGAUAAAACUACUUCAAAAGCACCUUGUGAGGGUAAUGUUCCUUGGAAUAAUCAGAAUUUGCCUACUGCUGCUAUUUCUCCUCUAAACAAGCAUUCAGCUCAAAGACCCAUUUCAACUGGAGCUGUGAGGAAAAAACCUAGGCAGUCAAAUACUUCUGCAGAUCCAUCCUCAAAUAUGGCUACAAACACUUUGCAUGACCCUCCAGAACUUGACAAUCCUUGGGAUGGUUCAGAUGCUGGCAUAUCAAAUCAUUACAGAGCUCCAGCAGUAUAUGUUAAUAAAGUUGUGGACAGAGUAAUUUCAAACUUGCAGCCAAUUUUUCCUUAUGGACAGAUGAAAGAAGAUCCUUGUCCUGGCUUUUGGGCUGCUGUUAAUGCUUAUAUUCUUGAUAGCUUAAAAGCUCUGUUUCCUUUAUCCCAUAAGAAGCAAGCAGAUUUACAGCGAUCUCUAGACCACUUUCUUUCACGUUUUGUUGGAAUGAGAUUCAUUGAAUGUGAGUUUGAGUUCUUAAAGUGCCUAUCUGCAUAUUUGUCUGAGCUUGUGGGCUGCUAUAUGUACACAGGAGGAUUCACAAGCAUCUUUUUUACUUCAACUUUUGAAGAGGAUGUUUCAGUUCUGGAAGCCGAUGAUAAAAUGCGUGAGCUGUGUGUCAAAAUGCCUACAGAUCAUUAUGAUAAAACAAGGGAACUUUCCAUCAAAAUGCCAGUAGAGGAAAAUGAAGUGUUUUCUUCACAAUUUAGAACUGUUUUUUCGCAAAAUGUUGCGGAAGGAAAUUCAAACAGUGAUAUUGCUCAACCUGCUGUUAAGACUGCUUCACCUGAGGAAGAUGUUGAAUGUGACUGUGAACCUGGAGUUGAAUUGGAACAUGAGGUUGAAACUGGCACUGAAGCAGAUUUAGCAGAAGCAGAUCAAUCUCCUGGACAGCAAGGAAAUUCUGCUUCUGGUAUUUCAUCUACAGCUGAAGCUUGGUCAAUGGAUCAAAAUUCUGAAUUUCUUGCCAAAAAUGUUGGUGCUUCUAGUUCUGAGAAGCAUGAUAAUGUAGCAUCUGGAGAGCUUUCAACAGUAGCUGAGCUUGGUUUAGGACUUCAAGAAGUGUGCCUUGAUGACAUUCCAACUAAAUUGUGUCCCAGGGCUGAUGAAGAAAUAGAAUGUGAACCAAUGCGAGAUGAACAAGCUGUAUCAAUACCAGUUCAGGAAGGGGAUGAUGCAGAAGAAAAUAUGGAAAAUAAAUGUGACAAUGAACUAUCAGGCACAAAAUGACUUAGCAUGUUGCUAUUAAAAAAAUGUUUCUGCUUUGUAAAAUAAAAUUAUUUUUUUCAUCUCACUUUAUCUAAAAUUCAUUGAAUUGCAUCUACCAUGUUUUCUUUUUGUAUACUUCGAAAACUGAAGAUUGUGUAAAGUUGGUUUUCUCUCUGUUUCAAAAGUUAUGUUUUUGAAUAUAUGAUUUUCAGUUUAUGAUUCAUUUAUGUUACCAAAUUGUGUUUUACUGCAUGUAGUUUUAAAUUAUACUUCUUGAGUUGCAAUCUUUUCUUUAUAUUUUAUGUGAACUAUAUACGAUAAAUGUCUAGUAUAUCUUUAAAUAAAUUCCUUUUUUUCUUU